AUGUCUACAACAAUUGUAAUAGUUAUAAGUCAUUAUAAUAAUCUUGCUCAGUACAAACUUACACAACAAGAAGAUUUUUAUCUUCAUGCUAUAACUUUAUUUUUAAAACCAUUUUAUGAAACUACAAAUACACUUUCAAGUAGCACUUAUAUAAUGUUAGAUCUUUCUAUUUUAUUAAUAGAUAAUCUUAUUGAUGUAAUUUUAUCAUACAUUCAGAACUUAACAAGCCCCAUAUUUCUUAAAGUUGCAGCAACUCAUAUGUUAGAAAAAAUUAAAAAAUAUUUGAAUCAUAUUAUUAAUAAAGCUACUUUUAUUUCUUCUGUUCUUGAUCCUCAAAUUAAACUAGAGUUAAUGCCAGUUGACUUAAAUACUCAAGAAAACUGA